GGCUCGGUGAGGAACUAAAGCACUUGAAGCACAAGCUGGGUGUGAAAGCGGACUAUCAUAUGUGAUAUUCUCCACUGUUUGUUGCUUUAUAUCUUCAGAACUUUAGAAGUUUUUUGCUAUAAUUUUCAGAUAUGUUUUGGCUUAAAGUACUUGGAAUAAUCUGUGGGUUACAAAUAUGUUUUGCUGCUGGUCUCAGUGUAUCUCUCCUCCAGAAACCAAUGCCUGAAGAAAUUGAGCUCACUUGUAAAGUCAAUGGAUUCUACCCUAAAGCUAUUGACGUACAGUGGUUCAAAGGUGAAACACAACCUGUACCAGCAAAGAGUGGACAACUUCUACUGAAUGGUGAUAAAACCUACAAGAUCAGCAAGGUUGUGUAUGUGAGUAAUACAGAUUAUGAAGAAGCUAGCUACUACUGCCACGUAGGACAUUCCAGCCUGCCAAGAAAACUCAUUGUGCCCUUGAAUAAAAAAGGAAAAAAAUGAAGCAACAUCAAGAGAUCAGUCCUAUUUUAAUCAAACCUUUGAACUACACAAUGGAUCAACGAGGUUCAAGGCCAGAAAACAAACAGUCGGGAAACAAAUUAUGGGUGCUGUUGGGUGGUGUUAUGAGCAAAGAUGUCUGUCCAUCUGAUCUUCUGUAUCUUCUGUCUUCAUAAAUAUUUUUCUUUCACUCUAAGUACAGUGUUGAUAUUUCUUUAAUAGGCAAUAGGUCACCAAUCACACACUUAUUGCAAAUUGCAAAGUCACUUUAGAUGUGAACAUUUUUAAAAGUGUUUUGGGCUAAUCAAGGACUCCUUCUUUUGAAGAGAUUUUUAUAAUUUGGUUAGCUCAGUUACAGUCUAAUCUAAUUGUAAGUGCAUCUCAGUAAAUAUUAACAAUGAUUAUGAUUAAAAAUCAAAAUGUUAUUAAAGGGAGCUUAAAAGUAAAGAACACUUUAGAAACAACUUGUAGAGUAUAGAGAGAGCAAAGGAAAACUGUCUACUGAUUCAAUUUCUUGAAAUAUCAAUCUUCUUAAAUCAUUUAAUAAAUCUGUUUGCAUUCA